UUUUUCCAUGCUCCGCUCCCGGAGGGUCAUUUGAACUGUAAAGGAAUCGCCGAGGGGGCGAGAGGACCUGGAGAGAGAGGCUGUCCAAACGACUACGCCGAGGCUCCUCCGCCCCCUCCAAGAUGAUGCUUAGCCCGGACCAAGCUGCCGACUCCGACCACCCCUCCUCGGCGCCCUCCGACCCGGAGUCCCUGGGCGGCGCGGACGCCCAGGCGCUCAGCUGCUGCGUCUCCGACCCGGAGCCCGCCGAGGGAGGCGGCGGCGGCGGGGAGGGCCGGGGCGGCGGCGGCGGCGGCGGCGGCGGCGGCGGGGAGGGCCGGGGCGGGGGCCGGCCCGGGCUGCACCCGCCGCCGCUGAGCCGGGAGGAGAAACGACGGCGACGACGCGCCACGGCCAAAUACCGCUCGGCCCACGCCACGCGUGAGCGGAUCCGCGUGGAGGCCUUCAACCUGGCCUUCGCCGAGCUGCGCAAGCUGCUGCCCACCCUGCCCCCCGACAAGAAGCUCUCCAAGAUCGAGAUCCUGCGCCUCGCCAUCUGCUACAUCUCCUAUCUCAACCACGUCCUGGACGUGUAG